GACAGACAAUGGCAACCAGUCACCAGCGUCAUCACCGUCGUCCUCAUCCUAGGCUGGCCUCGUUGCUGCAUUCAAUGACGAGCCUGUGGCCCUGCCGCUCUGUCUGGCGGCCGCAUCGAGGCCGACGGCGAACACGGGUAACUCAGGCGGUUUCAACGAGCAUCAUGAGCUCGAAGAAGGCUGUUUUCAUGAGUGCUGAUCUCGAGGGCUACGGACAAGCUGUUCGAGACAAGGGUGGGAAGAGUAUGGCUAUCUCGGAGUCGUGUGAAGAUCUCGGCGACCAAAACUGACGUUGACACGGCAGCUGACGCCAUGCUCCUUCCACAGCGCUGCUCCGUAAUCGCGAAGAUCAUCUCCAUCGCCGUUCCUUUGUGUCAACGCUGGGCUUCAUUGCAGAGACAGUCCAAUGUCGUUCAAAGCUCGUCAAACGGCGAUCCUCAAGAUGCGCGCGCCAAGCCACGACGGACAGCUUUGUACGGCGACUACCCUGUGACGUCCAUAUUCAAUCGCCGGCCUGCCUGCCUGCCUGGCUCUCACGGGUCUUUCACUCAAUCGAACACGCCCGCUGCCUGCCUUGUGCUCGCCUGGGCAGAACGCUUCCUCGACUCGACGCACGUAAACGGCCUUUGAACGUCCCGUCGCAGCGAUUGAUGGAGUAUCUUUUCUCAGUCGAUCCAUCAUCGAAUCGACGGCUUACCUGUGCGAUGCUACUAUGCGAGCGUUUCUUGGCUAUUUGUUUGGCCCCUUCCUCCAUCCCUCUGAUGGCGAGCUGAGCUAGAUCACUAAACAAGCGACGUAGCUGCUGAUGCGCUGCGAGCGAAGCAGAGGAAAGAAGACACAGCAGCAGCAGCAGCAGCAGCAGCAGCGGAGCGGGUCCAGAAGGGAAGAGACGAGGGGGAGAACAAAGGGCAAGGAGGACGAGGGCUCAAUAUAGUUGCUGACCGUCGUCACUCGCUCGUGGAUGCUCAAGCACAGCACAGUCAUUGACAAGGUCCAGCAGCAGCGCAAUGCGGUGAUGCUUCGCAGGUCCUGGUUGUACCAUUGCUCUGUAUCUCUCCUCUUGCCAUCUACUAGCUCG